UUUACCUAAUUAAGCUCAGCCACUAAGGUCCCCAAAACCCCAAUCCAAACAAUUCUAACGGGCUCAUCAAAUUCUGUAUAAAAAGAGAGACAUGCCAAUCCCUAAUUCCCAAUUCAAUUCUCUUUCGUAUCGUUUACAUUUCAAUUUUUCACAUAAAAACACACAGCCACUAAAACAUGGAGACGAUCGGAGUCCUAAUGACCUGCCCAAUGUACACAUACCUCGAACAAGAACUAGAAUCUCGCUUCAGGCUCUUCAAACUCUGGCAAAGUAACUCAAAAGGUGAGUUCUUGAGAACCAAUCAAGACAAAAUCAAAGCAAUUGUGGGCAACACUAAAAUUGGCGCAGACGCUGAGCUGAUUGAUGCAUUGCCAAAUUUGGAGAUUGUGGCUAGUUACAGUGUCGGACUAGAUAAAAUUGAUUUGAGAAAGUGUGAAGAGAAGGGGAUUAGAGUUACAAAUACACCUGACGUGUUGACUGAUGAUGUUGCUGACCUCGCAAUCGGAUUGAUACUGGGAGUUUUGAGGAGGAUUUGUGCUUGUGAUGGAUAUGUGAGACGUGGAAAGUGGAGAGCUGGUGAUUUUGAAUUAGCAACAAAGUUCAGUGGUAAAUCAGUCGGAAUUGUUGGGUUGGGCAGGAUUGGUUCGGCAAUUGCAAAGAGAGCUGACGCUUUUAGUUGCCCUGUGAGUUACUACUCCAGAACUCAAAAGGCACAUACAGGUUACAAGUACUUCUCAAAUAUUUUGGACUUGGCAAAAAAUUGCCAGAUCCUUGUUGUGGCAUGUGCUUUGACUCAGGAAACUCGACAUAUAAUUAAUCGCGAAGUUGUUGACGCAUUGGGUCCAGAGGGGAUUCUUAUCAACAUUGGAAGAGGUGCUCAUGUUGAUGAACAUGAGCUGGUGUCUGCACUUCUGGAAGGCAGGCUACGCGGCGCUGGGCUUGAUGUAUAUGGGAAUGAGCCUAAUGUUCCUGAAGAGUUGUUUAGCCUUCACAAUGUUGUCCUUCAGCCUCAUGUGGGAAGCGACACUAUAGAAACGAGCAACGCAAUGGCAGACCUUGUAAUUAGAAACCUGGAGGCGCACUUCAGCAACAAGCCACUCUCGACUCCUGUUAUAUAAUUAUGUGAAGGAAGGUGCAUGAGUUGAUUGAUUUGGCGGCUUGAACUAGAUGCUGACAUUUUGUAUCCUUAUGUGCUACUGAUUAUAUCACCAUCAUUAUGAGGCUUUCCAAAUUUUCAGCAGUUGGCUUUGUUAUUUCUGAGAGCAAUCUAAUUUGGGAAAUAAGUUCCAUCAACAUUGCUAGAGGUUCUACUGAACCUUAUGCUGAAGCAAUUGCUGGCUUAAGCAAUUGCAAAGAGUGAAUCUUUUUGCUGCACUGUAAGUCACUACUCGGCGUUCUUAUCAACAAUGGAUGUGAUACACAUUUUGGUGGACCUGUUUGAAGGCCGGCUAGGUGGUGCUUGACAUAUAUGGAAACGAACCAAUAUUUCCCGAAUACUUGUUUGGCCUCAAUAAUGUUGUCAUUCAACCUCCUGUGGUGGGGAAUGAAGUUAAAGAGGCCAACAAAGCAACGUCAGACCUUGUGAUUGCAAACUUGGGAGCACACUUUCAGCAACAAGCCCCGCUCGACUCCAGUGAUAUGAUUUUAUAUGUGAGGAAAGUUGCUUCAGCUAUUGCUUUGAAAUGCUGUCGUCAAGUAUACUUAAGUACAAUUGAUAUCUGAUGAGUUUUAUUAUCACUAUCAAUUUGUCGAAGAAAAAAAUCAUUACAAAACAUUCAGUUGUUAGCUUGGAAUUUGAGAAAGCAUUUAGCCUUAUUUAGUAAUCUAAUUUUCCAAUAUUCUUUUGGUUUUAGUAGCAACCUCCAAGGAAAUUUGGGGAAGCCAAGACUCUUCUCAUGUAGCUACUUGUUCUUCACCACCAUUAAAAUCUAAUAAAAUUUGAGCUUAUUCUCAUGAUGCGAUA